AUGCGUGACGAUCUUGAUGAAGAUGUGUAUAUGAAGAUACCCCAAUGCGUGACUGUUUCUGGACCUAACAUGGUUUGUAAGUUGAACAAAUCAUUGCAUGGCCUAAAGCAAGCUUCUAGGCAAUGGUAUUCAAAAUUAAGUGAUUCUCUUCUUUCUAAGGAUUACUCAGUUUCUAAGAAUGACUACUCUCUGUUUAUCAAGUCCACUGGUUCUUAUAUUACAAUUAUUGAUGUUUAUGUUGAUGAUAUUCUCUUGAGUGGAAAUGAUGAGGAGGAGAUGACUUCUCUCAAGCUGUUUCUGGAUGAUCAAUUCAAGAUAAAAGAUUUAUGGCAUUUACAUUAUUUUCCGGGUUUGGAAAUUUUGAAUGAAUAUGGUGGUGUUAUCAUCUGCCAAAGAAAAUUUGCCUUGGACCUCUUAUCUGAAUUCAAUUAUCUAGACUACAAUGUUGUUUCCAGCCCCUUAGAUGUGCAUUUGAAACUCUCCAUUGAAGAUGGGGGGCCCUUGUCUGAUCCUUUCUUGUAUAGGAAACUCAUUGGCAAGCUGAAUUUUCUCACAAAUACCAGGCCUAAUUUGGCUUUCUCUGUACAAUUGUUGAGUCAUUUCAUGCAUGCCCCUACUUCAUGUCAUAUUUUUGCUGCAUAUCAUGUUCUCAAGUAUGUUAAAGGUACUUUGGGUCAGGGUUUGUUUAUAUCUGCUCUUUCUGAUUCCUCUUUACAUGCCUAUUAUGAUUCGGAUUGGGCUUCAUGUUCUAGUUCCCAGAGGUCUGUUAGUGGUUAUUUGGUGUUACUUGGUGGUUCUUUGCUCACAUGGAAGUCUAAAAAGCAGAACAUCGUGGCCUUGUCCUCCGUCGGGGCUGAGUAUCGAUCCAUACGUCGAGUUGUUGUUGAACUUGCUUGGCUCACCAGGUUGUUAGAUAAACUCUCUGUUACUUCUAUUGUUCCUGUUCCUUUACAUUGUGAUAGUUAG